AUGACCGACGUAACGCCCACCUUCCGCCGCACAACCUACCCAACCAUCAGCCCCUCCAACCCCUCCAACGACCAGUCCAACCGCACCGUCCUGGUGAUAGGCGGCUCCGAAGGCAUCGGCUUCUCCAUCGCCCUCGCGUACGCCCAAGCCAACGCCUCCAAAAUCAUCCUCUCCUCCCGCUCACAGGCCAAACUCGACGACGCGGUCGCCAAAAUCCGCGCGAGGGGCGUCAAGCGCGCGGUGACGUCCAUACCGCUGGAUUCCUCCGAUGUGGCGCAGAUUGGGAAGUUCUGGACACGGCUGCGGGAGGAGGAGGGUGUGUUUGUGGAUGUGCUGGUUUUGAAUGCUGCGAAGGUGGGCGCGACGACGACCGCGGCGGAGGUUGUGGAGUUUUUUCAGUUCAAUGUCGCGAGUAAGUUGUAUAUGCUUGAGAAUUUUCAGAAGCAAGCCGGCGCGGGUGAGGAGAAGCGGCAUAAGGUCCUCAUCGACAUUACGUCUGCGGCUGCGCAUGCUUAUCCCUACGCCAUGAACGCGUAUGGCAGUAGUAAGGCGGCUUUCUCGAACUACCUCUGCCAUCUGGCGGAUGAGGUGCCGGAGGGGGAGAUGAGGUUGGUGACGAUGCAUCCUGGAGCCGUGUACACGGCGGCUGCGUCUGGGUCUGCGGAAUACAGUUCUGAUUUGCCGAUAUGGGAUCAUCCGAGCCUUGCCGGACACAUGGCGCUGUGGCUAUCGACUCCUGCGGCGGCGUUCCUGCACGGACGUUUCGUCUGGGCGAAUUGGGAUGCGGAGGGCCUCGUUGAGAUGAAGCAGAAGAUUUUGGACGAUGCAGGGUUCUUGAAGAUUGGUGUUACGGGUGUGAAUUCCUUCAGUGUGGGAGGGCUGAUGGCCAAGUGUACUGAAGUGCCUGCACCGCAGGAUCGCUCGUUGACAUAG